AUGGCUGCACAACAACAAGAACUAGAUGAGAAGAACCCAUUCUAUGAGUUAGUAGUCAUUUGUAGUACUUCUGGUCAAUUUGACCAAACCGUAAAUUCGUUCAAAGAUAUUAUAAAAAAGUCUAAGUUAGUAUGUAUAAAAGAUACUGAGUUGUUAGAUUGGAUAAAGAAGUACCAAAGAAGAGUUUUGAAGUACAAUGCUAUAAAUGAGUAUGUCAAUUCUAAGUUUAAAGACCCAAAUGAGGAAAUGCAGAGAAUAUUAGAGAAGAAACACUUCAGAAACAAACAGAAAGAGAUUGAGUACAUUUCGAAGAAAUUGCAAUCUUACGAUUGGAAGACUUACCCUCACAGAUGUCUUCUUAUCUUAGAUGACUUUGCUUCUCAUCCUUUGUUAAAGAACAGAGAACAAGACAUGUGUCGAAUUCUCAAGAAGCUCAGACACUUUAACAUCUCUGUUGUCAUUUGUGUACAGACAGCCAAGAGUUUAAGUAAGGAUGUAAAGAGAAUACUUACUGACAUUGUACUCUUCCCCGGAUUGUCCGAAGACGAUUUCAUGGAACUUAUGAAAGAGUCCAUGGCAGGUAAGUUUGACAGACAUGAACUAUGGGAGAAGUACAAAGUCAUACAAGACCCUCAUACUUCUUUCAGAAUUCAUAUCUACGCGAACAAAGUUCAAAUUGUAAAAAGUCAAGCUUGA